GACCGCCUAGAGACAUCAAUAAAUAAGGUUUUAGAAGAGCAAGAAAAAACAAGUUUUGAAUUUACGACGGAGGAUUUUGAUCGGUUUCAUUGCCCUAAUGCUCGACUAAGUGCUUUGCUUGGACUUAAACUAGACUUCCUUGACCGUCUUAAGGAAGUGCCAUCAGAACAUCUUGAACAUCGACCUCUUGGCGACUGGAUUGUUACCUUUUUGCGCAACAACAUAGAUCGAGAAACGUUUACAUCAACAUACAACAACGUAGUUACGAAGGAAUUGCUCGAAGCAGUCGGUUUUGACCCACUGAGUACUUCAGUUGAAACUAUCAUUUCUCGCUCAAGGAACAUGCAACGUCACAUUGAGGCGUGCGAGUGGGCAGAGAUUUUUAUUAGAGAUGAAGUUAAGUACCAUCCUAUGCUGUAUCCACUAACAGUUCCCUUUCCUUUCCAAGCCAUUUUAACUAACUCGUGGUUUCAACUAAUAAGCAGGAAAGAUGAAGAAAGCGAAUGUGAAGUGAGCUCAUGCGAAGUUCACAUCAUGAACCUCGUGACAGAGGAAUCCAAUGUGGGUAAUACCACUCAAGCUAUUGUUAAUGGCUUUCUGCCUCGAAAUGAAGAUCACGUUCUGCUUUACCACGCUACGGAUCACUUCAGCGCGGCCGACAUAUUUCUUCGUGGAAUAGAUUUGUGCGCUGGGCGGCAAAAGCGCGAUUUCAGCUGCGGAUCAGGCUUUUAUUUGACAAACAGUUUGGAUGGUGCGUUAGACUGGGCAAAAAGCACCACAGCUAAACCAGCCAUUCUUGUUUUCCAAGUAAAUCACCAAAUUUUAAACGAUGCAAGAAGACUAAAUUUGGACAACAACGAGGAAAGAUGGAGUGAAAUCGUGUCGUCAUUUCGAUCAGGUCGACGAACAGCAAAAAUGCGGAAGAGUUUGAAUUCAUUUGACUUGAUCGAAGGUCCAGUGGCUACAUUAACAGCCAGCGAAUCAUCUGAUGAGGUUUUGUUUGAGCCAACAGCCACGUCCCACCAAAUGUGCCUGAUAUCAGAAGAUUAUGCUGAAAAAUUCCACCAAAGUCUUCAUUCUAUAAUAUUCUACUACUUUUCUUAACUGUAUGCGUUAGAACGUAAUUCACUGAAGUCUUAAAAAAGGAAAAUUAUAAUGCUCUUCAUUGAGACCACUUGUUUUCAAACUUGAAUUAUGGCGAAAAAUACACAUCCCUUCAGGAUCUCGAACACGCCAUUUACGAAGCCCAAGAAGCUAUCGAGGAAUAUAAAGAAUUUAUUAUCAAGAACUACUACAACAUAAAGAAGCUAGAUGAAAUGGGUCCUUUCUUUGCAGACUGUCUGGAGACAUCAAUAAAUAAGGUUUUAGAAGAACAAGCAAAAGAAAGUUUUAAAUCGACGACAGAGGAUUUUGAUCGUUUCAUUGUCCUAAUGCUCGACUAAGCGCUUUGCUUGGACUUAAACUCGACUUCCUUGACCGUCUUAAGGAAGUGCCACCAGAACAUUGUGAGCAUCGAACUCUUGGCGACUGUAUUGCUGCCUUAUUACACAACAACAUAGAUAGAGAAACGUUUACAUCCACCUGAAACAAACUGAACUUGCCUGCAUAAACUUCCGAAAGCUUUAAAUGUUAUUAAACCUUUAAGGCCCAGGAGUGGUGAGCAUCAAAUUUUUCUUCGCUAUAUCAAUGUUUUAAAGAACAGAGUGAUCUACUGCUGAAGAACGUAACAUUAGCACAACGAUGAGUAAUUUAAGGAACACGCUACGUUAAACUUCUCCUCACGACCACCACUUCCAUGUUUAGAGGCAACAUAUAAAAUUUAAAUUUUGAUGUUAGGGCUUAAAGGGUGAAGAUCCACACGAUGACAUGUGACAUUUGAAUCGUGUCAUCAGAAGCUAAAUGCUUCUUUUCAAGUUUCAGAUGUAGAAUAUGCGAUAGCAGAUUAUUUCUACGAAAAUGUUUUGUGUAAAAAUGAAACUGUAAAUGCUUAGGUUUCAAAAGUUAGUUUAUAUGUCCAGUGUAAAGAUGUGUAAAAAGAGAUAGGAUCUGGCCCCAGUUGUUCAAAAGCUGGAUAGCGCUAUCCACUGGACAAAUCCCUAUCCAGUGGAUAGUGCAAUUGGUUUCCCUAAUACUUAUCCACUGGAUAGUGAUUUAUCAGGCCUCAGUUGUUCAAACGUUGGAUAGCGCUAUCCACCCUGAUAAAUCACUAUCCAGUGGAUAGCUUGGUCGGUUUCCCUAAUACUUAUCCGAUGGAUAGUGAUUUAUCCUGUGGAUAGCGCUAUCCAACGUUUGAACAACCAGGACCUGGUGGAUAGGGCUAUCCAGCUUGGUUAUUAUAAUAACGGGUAGAACUUGUCGUUACCAGGAACGUCUUCUAAAUACUUUUAGGAGUUCCCCUGGCAUGGGAUUAAAUCGAAUAGCAAGCGAAACUUCAAAGCGACGGUCAUUCGUUAUAUAUUCGCUUGAUGUAACGCCUUGCAAGUUUAGUAAUAAUGAAUUGAAUUACUCCCUACAUCAUAAAGUUGCUCUGUGGUUAUCGCUGACAGGUUCAACUUCAACCCUCCGUGUCCCCAAACUCUACGUGUAUGUUAACCCUUGUCAACAACAGCCUUCGACAAAUAUGACCUAAACUAAACAAGUAAUGUUACAAAAUUUUUGGCUCGUUAUGCAAUUCUCUUGCGAGAUAGUUAAGCCAAAAGGACAUCUGUAAAUGAAGCUAUCGUCCUCAGGCUACCUUUAUCAAGGAAGAAUAAUACAAUUUGCCUCUGUUUUCAGUGUGAGGGUAGGCAUUCUUUGUUAUUGACUAAGCCAUAAUGUUUUAAAGUAUAUUUUCUCCCAGUGUAAGCAUGGUUUAGAAUGUAAAAGGAGCUACGCUUUUCGGCUUGGAUGAAUCUACAUAUUUUCUGCCACACACGUUACAUUAUUUCUGACUUCAGAGGAACAAAUUCAAAAACAGCAAUUUUCCGCGAGGACAAAUCCAAGUCGCUGACAAGAAUCAAACCGUUUUGAAUGCCCUCGAUCUCCAUACAAUGUACGCGUGGGGGUAUUACACCCUUUCUUUCAUUAAUCUGAAAGCUUAUACUGAUCGUAUUUUUAUAGGAAAAUGGGAGGUCUGUUUUCCGGCUUCGAGUAAGACCUUGAAAUUUGGUACUCCUUAAUGCUUUCUCUUUUACAAAUUAUCAAUUGAAUCGUUUUUAAAAAACACUGGGAAGAACACGUUUUUACCCUGGCUGAAAAGUCAGACAGGAAAUCGAAGUGGUUUCAUAUUUGAAUAUCAAUUUAAUGGAUAGAGAAUCCACAUCAACAAUCAUGGAGAGGUCGGCAAGCAUGCUGUGAGUUACAAGGUAAAAAUCUUUAAUAAAAUUACAAUUUCUCACAUAAGGUACUAGUAAUAUAAGUUAGUAACUUCAAAAGAGUGGCAAUAGCGAAAUGAAACUAUUUGUAUUCCAAAUGCAUUAUCUUGAGCUCUUCCAGUCGUAUUCUGAAUGAAUUCUUCGCUUAUACAUUUUUAAUUAGACUCCCCUUCGUAUUUUCUGGUCAUUUUACUACAGUUCUGACAUUGUCGGCACUCAGAGAUAAUGUUUUUUGUUACAACAUAGUGCAACACGGCUUCUAUAACAAUGACAGCACAGAUAAAUUACCUACUCUUCAAAUAGUCAAGAAAUAUUAUAGAUUCUUCUUAUGCUAAUUCUCCUCCGUUUUGAGAUGAAUGCGUUCUAAUAGAGACCAAAUACAUUGAUUUAUGGUCUGCACGCGCAACAUGUAACAGUAAGAGAAAAGGAUAGUCAUUUUUGCCUUGGUUUGACCAACAAGUAUUUCUCCUCUAAGACAUGAUAACAAACAAAUCCAUGCGUUUACGAUGAUACUUUUCAGAACUGAUGACAAUUCGAAGAAUGGAGGUUUUAUCAUGCAUGCAGACUUUAUGCCUAAUGUUCAAAGAAAAUAACAGAAUGAAGGCUUCGAUCAAAUACCUCAGCGCAACGGUCUUUUUUAACACAAAGUUGAUAAGUAUUCUCCUUCUGUCUCGGAUGAUUGAAAUUUGGGUUCUUGCUAGACAUUGAAGCCAUAGGCCCUUCAAUGAAUUCAUAUUUCCGUAAACUCUUGACAAAUUUUAGAUCUGGCCUCCCUGAGCGAAACUGCGAGACCAACUCUAGCCAUCUUGUCCUGUCAUUUCUCAGAUCUAACCCUUUAUCUUGAUCUCGCAGUUCAGUCUUCUCAACACGAAAGACAAGGACAGCAGUAUUAGGGUGCCCACGAGAUGCUGGCCAUCUGCAGGCUUCCUCAAAGUCAUCACCAAGAUAGAAACCGUCCCCAUUGCUGAAAUCCUGGCGACGAGCCCCUCUUUUUAUGUCGAUGCCACCCUCUAUAAUAUCCUGAGCGUAUUGAUGUCUAGUUCCAUGAAAGAAUACUUGAUGAUCUUCAUCAAUAAUUGAUUUCAUGAAAUCAUCGACGCCAUCCUGAGACAAGUAGCAUUUACUUUUCUUGCCUUCUUUAUUGACAUUCAUUACCAUUACCGGCUGUUUUCUAUCAUUUUCAUCAUCCGGCAGAGUGAACCAUUCAUUAAUGACUGUCUCCUCGUACGGAAAACGGUUACACUUGAAGAAAACAUUCCCAAAAUGUUCAAAUACAUUUGCAAACUGAGAAGAAAGAUGCAGGAAUAGUCGACGAGCUAGAGGAAAAUUCUCCACAUUCUUGAUAGUCGGCCUGUUGAACCACCCAACAAUUUCUUGAACGGUCCGAACCAAUGGCUGAAUUUCGCUGGCAUCGAAUCCUUUUAGCCAAGUACACCCCAGAUUGUUUGCUUUCGCGCUUGAGAUCAUCAUCCUUUCAGCCAUUGCCAUUGCCUUCGGCGGCAUACGGAUAGCAAGGUACGCGCAGAAUUGCCCUUAUAAUGGUGAUUGCUACCAAUUCCCAGAAUACUCUCUCAAUUCUGAGAAAUUCAAGCAUAACGUUUGAGAGAAUUUUGAGAUUGAACAUCGUUAAUAUAGUGAAAGAUACAGGCCAUGUGGAACAACCUGGACAAAUGAGAUGCAAUCUAACAAACUUUGUAGCACUGGCUAUACGACUAUUUUAACUUGAAGUGACUUAAUUCCAUAAGGCGGGAAACGAAAAGAAGUAACGAAUGAUAUCAAAAUCACAUCAAGCAAAAAUUCAUACGAAUUUUUGAAUUCUCCCUUCCCUCAAUUUCACCUUUGUUUAUGAGGCAUAUAAUAAACAUGUUCAUUUACGUGACGUUCAUUGGCUGACGUGGCUGAGAUCGAUCCUGUUUCCAUGGCGAAAUACCCUCUAACCAGUGACAAGAAUAAAUAAGUAAUACGUGGCUCUGUGGGUUUUUCAUAUUCGAAUAUGGAUGGUCAGACAUUUUGUUUUCUCGAAUUUCGCUGGACGUCUUUCUCCGUUUGGUAAAAGAAGACUGAAGACUGAAGACUCAUAUAGCACCGUCUUUUGGAUAUUUUGAGAUGUGCCUUACCCAUAUGCAUUGGCGAGCAUCAAUCCAAUUCAAGUGUGACCAGGGAUGAGGGAACCGUACAGGGGCCUUUUAUUUUGACUACUAAUAUUCAGAAGAACUUGGGAAAAAUCAGAAUCCUCCUAUAGGCCUUGGAAAAAACCACAAAACUCAAAGCUUAACAUGUUGGAAAGAGACUGUACCGAUCAGUGGGACAAUCGAAAUUGGUCACAACUAUGUUCUUUGCUCGGAUUAAAACUCGACGUGCUUGACCGCGUCGACGAAAUGCCGCCCGAAUUUCGUGAUCGUUAUACACUUACUGAGUGGAUAACUACUUUCUUGAAAGCAAAGGGUGAGUUAGUUUGCUCGACAACCAAAUCAUCUCUCACCAGAGAGUUGCUCGACGAAAUCGGUUUUGAUCCACAUUGUAAAGCCGUUGAAACAAUAAUGACGCGCACAUUCGCAGGAAAUUCGCAACACCACGUUGAAGCGUGCGAAUGGGCAGAAAUUUUUAUCAGAGAUGAGCUAAAGUACAAUCCUACAUGGAGUGCCCUGUCUGUGAACUUUCCCUUUCAAAGUAACAUAACGAAUUUAUGGUUUCAAUUCCCGAAUAUGACAAAAGAGGAUAGGAAAAGUCAAGAAAGCCCUCGCCACGUCAAUAUAAUGAACCGCGUGACAAAGGAAUCUCGUGCGUACAGAGACGCUCAUAUAUUGUUCGACAGUCAGGCGCAAGGUGAACAGAACGUGGUGCUUUUUCAUGGCACAGACCAUCUCAGCGCGGCCGACAUAUUAGUCCGGGGAAUAGAUUUGUGUGCUGGAAGACAGAAGCGCGAUUUCAGCUGUGGCUCAGGCUUUUAUUUGACAAGAAAUUUAGGUGAUGCUCUAGACUGGGCAAAGAGCACCACAGCAAAGCCCGCCAUUUUGGCUUUUCAAGUCGACAGCAGGCUUUUGGAUAAUUCUAGAAGACUUAAUUUAUUCGAACAUGAAGAUAGAUGGCGCGAAAUUGUUUCUUCGUUUAGAUUGGGUCAGAGAACAGCUAAAACACGAAAGAGUUUGAUAACCUCUUAUGAUUUCAUUGAAGGACCUAUUGCCACACUGACGACAAACGGAACAUCUGGCGAGUUAGCGUUUGAGCCCAGACCCUCAUCUUUUCAAAUG